AUGGAGCGUCACGCUCUCAUCCCCCGAGGGGACCACAACUCGCCCAUCUUCAUGCUCGGCGACAGCGUGCCCCCCUUCGUCACGCCGUCCCUCACGGCCAACCUCGCCGUGCGCAUCGUCCUCGGUGUCGUCGCCAACCUCGUCUGCCUCGUGCCCCUGCGCCUUCUCUACCGCAACGGCGAGUUCGCCGCCGUCGUAUUCAUCGUCGUCGUCGAGAUCAAAAACAUCUUCACCAUCGUCAUGGCCGCGCUCUGGCACACCGACGACAUGGAGUCGUGGUGGCCCGGCUACGGCCUCUGCGAUAUUGAACCUUUCAUUUACAAUGGCUGCGCGGGCAUCUACGUCACCUGCCUGCUGGCCAUCAUGCGCAACCUCGCGCACCAGGUCGGCAUCAUGCGCGCCAACCCACUCACGGUCAGGGAGAAGAGGCGCCGCAACCUGUUCCAGGCCCUCAUCAUCUUUCCGCUGCCCAUUGUGCAGCUCGCUUUCACUUGGCCGCUGGCGGCCCAGAGGUACGCUAUCGGUCCAUUGAUGGGAUGCAGUUGGGUUCCGUACUCAGCUUGGCCGUAUCUGGUGUUUUUUGUUAUUGCGCAGCUGGUCAUUUCCAUUGUUGCUGCCAUCUACGCAGUCAUCACCUUUUUCCGAUUUCGACAAGUUUCCAAAGUCACUGCUUCUGCCCUGACUAGCAACCGCGCUGCCUUCCUACGAAGCCAGCGUGCCAAGCGUCGCCUUUACCUUAUGGUCAUGUCCAUUCUCGUCCCUUUCUUACCCAUCACCAUCACUCUGUGCUUUCUCAAUAUCCAGGCUCUGGGAACCUUGAAGCCAUUUGAUUUCAACGAGAUCCAUCAUUCCACCACCGCAGCACUACCAUGGGAUGCCAUCACAUUCGUGCCAAGCCGUGUCAUCGACUUUGGCAGCUUCAACAAUGGCUACAUCUCCAUCAUCACCUCGAUUCCCAUCUUCAUCUUCUUUGGCAUGACCAAGGACGCGAUGAACUCCUACCGCGUCGUUCUGCUGUACUUUGGCCUGGGCAAGAUUUGGCCCAAGUUGCACGACGAAUAUGAUCCAGAUAGGAGCGCGAGGCAGACAGCUGCCUCGGCUGGAUACCUCAACCAAGUUACUGGGAAAACAAAGACGUCGGAGACUUCUGCUUCCAGGUAUAGACUCACUCCUCAUGUGACCAGCAAGAGCGUCUCCUCUGGCGAGAGCACAGCAGGCAGCCACGCCCUCUCUCGUCUGCUCACACCGCAGCUUGCCACAUCUCUUGGCGGAGGGCCUGAAGGCGAUGCGUCAAUUACACGCCCUCCUUCGAGCUGGUCGAACCGCCUACCCAGAAACCCGUUUCCCUUCCGAAACAGGACCGGAAGCAUGCACCCUACGUCAUCCCUUCCGUCGCAGCCUCCGGUACUACCACCGAUCGACACCAAGGCAUCGGUAUUUUCGCUGCAUAACCAAAAUGACGACGAGAUUUCUGUGCAGCCGGUUUCGCCGCGGCUCCAAAGGUCGUCUCCACCUGUAAGAAACUUUUCGCUGCCUGCGAUACCACAGGGCCAGCCGCACCCUUCCGAGGCUCUGGAUCUGCCCAAUGCGUUCUCGACUCUGGAGUCGAGUAAUAGAAGCGCAAGGUUCGCAGACGCCACAUCCUCUGAGACCGGGGAUCAUCAUCAGCGCUCAUAG